AUGGACCCCGAUAUACCUGCGCCCUCGGUUGAGCACGACACCCUCCCGGAGAACAACAACAUCAACACCAGCGAUGCGAUCACCACCCACGAAGAUGCUACCCCUACUCCGCGGCUCUCUUCGCCAUCGGUCCAACUCAACCGUAACAUGCCUCUUCACUUGGCUUCUGCCGCAUCAGUCCCACUGCCUCCAUCUUCGCCUAUGCGUGCUCCUCGAACACCAGCCGCGAGCGCAUCGAAACCUUCCUCCCCCAAGCCGCUGUCGCGAUCGCCAUCGGUUGCAAGUCCUCGUCAGGGUGAAAGACAGACCACCCCUACCCUCCUUUCCAGAAGAUCGACGUCCAAUCUAAGUGUCUCAAAAGGCGGAACAGGAACACCACAGAAGCCACAAUACCGACGGGCAUCUUCUAACCUAAACCCUUCAUCCCCCGCGCCAAAUGGCAAGAUGGCCUCUACAAUCUUUCAGGAACGUCCCCCGGUGACGGCCAGCUCGGUCAGCAAAGACUACUUUGGGAUAGAACUAGCAGCGCAUGCCAGCUUGCAAUCACCCGUCGCCGUGAUAGUCCACGAUUCAUGCUAUGGCCAUCGCUUCUCCCGCCCUCGAGCCUCCAAGAAUGCCUUGGCCACGAUUGUUGAACGACCAGAAAGAAUCCAUGCCACUCUGCUCGGCGCAUCCGCCGCGUAUGUGCGCUUGGGAGGGCGACAUGCCGAGGGUCGAUUCGCUCCGCGCCUCAAACACCACUCGUCAAAGGUGCAGGAAGUUCCUUUUCAGAUCCGCAAGACUACUCGAAGCAUACCGCUCACACAUCCCUCGGUCGCAUUUGUACAUGGCUCGAAAUGGAUGGAGGAACUGCAGAUUAUGUGCGACACAGCGGAGGGCAAGUUGGCGCUGAACGGCAAGGAGUUGGUGAGGCCCAUUGGCUACGGCAAGGAUGAAUCUGGCAACGCUCUACCCAAACUGCACGAAGGCGACCUCUAUCUAUGCGCUGAAUCAUUAGCUGCUCUUCAAGGGUGUCUCGGUGGAGUCUGUGACGCUGUGGAUACAGUCCUUUCCUCGUCCACGACAACCCGCGCAUUCGUCUGUAUACGACCUCCAGGGCAUCACUGCUCCUCCAAUUACCCGUCGGGCUUCUGCUGGCUCAACAACGUCCAUGUGGGAAUUGCAUAUGGGGCCAUGAAUCACGGUCUGACGCAUGCGGCUAUCAUUGAUUUCGACCUGCACCAUGGUGACGGCUCCCAGAAUAUCGCGUGGGACCAGAACCGCAAAGCGCAGGCCGCGGCGAAAAAUUCCGCCGCGCACAAGAAGACUCCGAUCGGUUACUACAGCCUUCAUGACAUCAACUCAUACCCUUGUGAGUGGGGCGACGAGGACAAGAUCCGUAAUGCAAGCUUAUGUAUCGAGAAUGCUCACGGUCAAUCGAUCUGGAAUGUUCAUUUGGAGCCCUGGAAAUCACCUGAGGAGUUCUGGCGCUUGUACGAAACAAAGUAUAUGAUCCUACUCGAGAAGGCGAGAAUUUUCCUACGGAGCCAUACGGCAAAAUUGCGUGCUUCAGGGACUCAACAACCAAAGGCGGCCAUCUUCAUAUCUGCUGGUUUCGAUGCCAGCGAGUGGGAAGGAGCGGGUAUGCAGAGACACAGCGUGAACGUGCCCACUGACUUCUAUGCACGUUUCACGGCCGAUAUUGUCAAGCUCUCGCACGAGGAGGAUCUCGGUGUUGACGGCCGAGUUAUCAGUGUCCUUGAAGGAGGCUACAGCGAUCGUGCACUGACAUCGGGGGUGUUCAGCCAUAUUUGUGGGCUGUCCGGGGACACUAUAGGAAAGGGUCCAGUGACCUCGCUGAUGGCAGACGCAGGCAGCAUUCGGACAAUCAACAACUGGGUGCCCAAAGAGAUCCCGACUCCUGUGAAUGGGGAUAACAUCUCGUACUCUCCUGACUGGUGGGCCCUUCACAACUUGGAGGAGUUGGAAGCGGUGGUUGCCGGCCGCCAGCCUCCAGAAUCAAAAGCCUCGAAAGAUAAGUCUGCAAACUACUCAUCGCCUACUCAAGCCUCAACACUCAAGAUGACGGAGCAUGCGCGCGAGAGGCAGUCCCUCAGCGCCGUUCAGGCCAGGCUCUCCCUGGAGUCUGAAUAUGAACCGCCACCGCCUGAUGUCGACUGGGCAGUGGCAUCCUACGAGCUCUCGCGGGUUAUCAUUCCUAGCGACCGCCAGACUGUAAGUUGUACGCACGAGGAACUGAACGCGGAGGCUACCAAAGCUCGUCGAGAACGACUGUCCAAUGGUGUUUCGACAGCAGCGCCAGAGGAACGAAUGCAGCUGCGGGGUCGCAAACCGAGGGCACCAGCAGCAGCUUUGCCUACAGCACGGUUAUCAUCACGCAAUAGCAGCAGGCGAACUACCAUCGCGGCUGUCAAUGACCUGCCCGAUCCGUCGUUGCAGCAGCAGGAACACAGCGGUGGCAGACCUCGACGACGAUCCAGUGAUGCAUCAAGCAUCUUGUCCGGGUUCCAAAGCAUGAAGAUUUCCGAGGAGGGCUCAGAAGGUCCUGCCAACCUGCCGAUACACCGUCCAGGAAAUGUGCCAACACCGCCGGUUGCUCCGGAGAAGCCUACGAAGGCAGUCGCAGUCAAAAAGACCAGGACAGUGCCAGUCACAAAGGGUCCGCCAAAACCAAAGACGAGUCCUCGUAAACUGAAGGCCAUUACUUCGACUGUGGUAGGUGGUGCCCCCAAUACCAACGCUGGCACACCUGUCCAUUCAGGACACACAAAAGUAGAUGUCGACAGAAAAAAGAGGGCAACGCCCACUUCGUCUCAGGACGAGAGCGCAGGAACGUCAAGGCCGGAUGAGAUGGACAGCUUGACCAACGGACUCAAGAAGAUCAGCAUCAAGUUGAAGGUACCGAGUCCGGAGGAACACGCUGCCAAACAGCAACAGAAGACGUUGGAAGACAGACAAAAGAAGCCUCGCGCGCCCAGGAAACCAUUGCUACCCAAGCCGACGAAACCGAUAAAGGCGAGCGCAGCCGGAAUUGAUGAAAAACUCGAUCCGACACAGCCAAAAGCUGUACAGAGAGAGGAGUCUCUGGCAACAGCCAUCACCAAUGGAUCGAUCCCAAAUCUGAAAGCGGAUGACAGUCCUCGGGAAACGGGGCCUUCUCUAGGUUUAGGCAAUGUGAAGGAGGAGCAAGCAUCCAGCACUCCCUUGGGUAAUCAGCACCCUCAUCAGGUUCCGUCGACGUCGUCCAACUGGGCGCAAUUCCAGACCCCUGCAGAGUCCGGUCCAGUUGCCACCAACCCUGCCGACAGCAUCCAGGGCAGCAGCUAUGAGCCCAUUCGGUUCUCCACGACCCCGUCGACCACCGAUCAGACCCAACAGCAUGGUUACCCAGUACCAAAUAUCAAUUCAGAGCCUGUCAAAUCUGAGCUGACGUCGGCUGGACUGAAUGCUCCUGUCCAGAGAACCAAGCAGGAUUUGCCGGUCUUCACUUCGCAGUCGCCGAUUCCGUUUGCUACUCCUCCCAGUGUCCUCCACAAUAGUGUCAAAGAGAAUGACAACGCCAGUCGUGGACCAUCUGUCUGGGAUGUUCCCCAGAUGCCGCGACAAACGUAG